UUCGCACCGCUUUUGGAGGGUUAUAAGCUCAGUUUGAGUGGUCGGAACUCGACGACGUGUGCAGACUUGGGAAAGCGGCGAGAGUGAAGUUUGGGCAUGCUUCACACUACGCGCUCGGUGUUGUCACCUCACAACACCAUCUUCGCUCCGUCCUUUUGGUCCCUCAAGGCUUCAUCGUUCUCACUGGGGGAUCGUCCUCCUUCUUUCUAUUCUUUUAAGAUAAAGAAGCAUUACCCGCCACUCUUCAUGAAUCGUCCUCCACAAGCAUCACAGGAUAAUCUUUCUAUCAGGAUCGAUGAAUUCCCUGUCCAUGGACUCUCUGAAAUGAUUGUCGGGGUUCUGGGAGGAGGUCAGCUUGGUCGAAUGCUGUGCCAGGCUGCCUCUAAGAUGGCCAUUAAAGUCAUGGUUUUAGAUCCACAGGAGAACUGCCCAGCAAGUUCACUUUCUCUUGAUCAUAUGGUUGGAAGCUUUGAUGAUAGUGUUACAGUUGAGGAAUUUGCGAAGAGAUGUGGAGUAUUGACCGUUGAAAUUGAACAUGUCGAUGUUGCUACGUUGGAGAAGCUUGAACAGCAUGGAGUUGACUGUCAACCCAAAGCCUCUACUGUGCGAAUUAUUCAGGAUAAAUAUAUGCAAAAGGUGCAUUUUUCCAAGCAUGACAUUCCGCUUCCUGAGUUUACGCAGAUAGAGGAUCUUGAAGGUGCUAAGAAAGCAGGAGAGAUCUUUGGCUAUCCUCUUAUGAUUAAGAGUAGGAAAUUAGCUUAUGAUGGGCGGGGAAAUGCUGUUGCUAAAAGUGAAGAGGAGCUACCUUCUGCUAUAAAUGCUCUUGGUGGUUUUGUUCGUGGUUUAUAUGUCGAGAAAUGGGCACCUUUUGUCAAGGAGUUAGCUGUCAUUGUGGCUAGAGGAAGAGACAAUUCUAUUUCAUGCUACCCAGUUGUUGAAACCAUUCACAGGGACAACAUAUGUCACGUAGUUAAGGCUCCUGCUAAUGUGAAGUGGCAGAUUACGGAAUGUGCAACUGAAGUUGCUCGCAAGGCUGUUAACUCUCUGGAAGGUGCUGGUGUAUUUGCAGUUGAAUUGUUCUUGACAAGUGAUGGACUGAUUUUAUUAAAUGAAGUAGCGCCUAGACCUCACAAUAGUGGGCAUCACACAAUCGAGUCUUGCUACACCUCACAAUUUGAGCAGCAUUUACGGGCUAUUGUUGGUCUUCCUCUUGGUGAUACUUCAAUGAAAACUCCAGCGGCUGUUAUGUAUAAUAUUCUAGGUGAAGAAGAGGGGGAGCCUGGUUUCCGUUUAGCUCAUCAAUUGAUUGAAAGAGCACUGACCAUUCCUGGAGCUACUGUUCAUUGGUAUGAUAAGCCAGAAAUGAGAAGGCAAAGGAAGAUGGGACAUAUAACCAUUGUGGGGCCUUCCCUCAGCAAUAUUGAAAGAAAUCUUGCCAAGAUGGUUGAAGGAAAGAGAUUAGAUGACAAAACUUCGGUUGCUCCACGUGUUGGGAUCAUAAUGGGCUCUGAUUCAGAUCUGCCUGUCAUGAAAAGUGCUGCUGAAAUACUGGAAACCUAUGGCGUGCCUCAUGAGGUAAAAAUUGUUUCGGCACAUCGAACCCCUGAAAUGAUGUUCUCAUAUGCCUCCUCUGCACACGAGAGAGGCAUACAGGUUAUUAUUGCUGGUGCCGGUGGUGCAGCUCACUUGCCAGGAAUGGUAGCUGCUCUUAGUCCCUUGCCUGUUAUUGGUGUUCCUGUCCGUGCUUCUUCCCUUGAUGGGCUUGAUUCACUCUUGUCAAUUGUUCAGAUGCCACGAGGUGUCCCCGUUGCCACAGUUGCAAUAAAUAAUGCAACUAAUGCUGGGUUACUGGCCGUUAGGAUGCUGGGUGUAGCUGAUAAUAGUCUUUUGUCAAGGAUGAGUCAAUAUCAAGAGGACCAGAAAGAAACUGUCUUGAGGAAAGCUGCGAAAUUAGAAAAGGAUGGUUGGGAAUCCUAUUUAAGCAGCGGUUAGUUGCAUCCCCAUGGCCUGCUGACAGUUUUGUACAACUACGAGAGAUUGAUUAACAACACAAGUAAAUUUUUGUGAUGAGAGAUUUUUGUUAGGCCCGAAGAGAUGACCGAGGGUGGAUUGAGAUAAUGAAUUUGUAGAUAGAUGGUGGGCAUGAUUAAGGAUUUAUUUAGGAAUUAUGACCGAGGCAUUGGAGCCUAGGGUGAUGUCACCCCGUUGUUGUAAUUUAUUAGGAUUACACCCGUGGAUUAUUGAAAAGAAAAAUUGAUCCAGAAUCUGAUGAACAUGAACUGGUUAUUUUCCUGUUUA